CGGCUCUAGGAUCACGGGCAGGAGACGGAGCGGCUGCGGACGAGCUCGGUGGCUGAGUUUGAGAUGUCGGAGAGGGUCUUGUCGCUUUUUUUAUAGUUUUUGACGUGUUGUGGACAGCUGUCUUCUACUCCGGAGGUCUUUAGGAAACAUUCUAGUGCACUACUGCGGAGCGAGGACGCAUUAUGACGGGCAGAGAGGAGGAAUACGACUACCUGUUCAAGGUGGUCCUGAUCGGAGACUCUGGGGUGGGGAAGAGCAACCUACUGUCCCGAUUCACCCGGAAUGAAUUCAACCUGGAGAGUAAGAGCACCAUCGGGGUGGAGUUUGCCACACGCAGCAUCCAGGUGGAGGGCAAGACGGUCAAGGCUCAGAUCUGGGACACCGCGGGUCAGGAGCGAUACCGGGCUAUCACCUCAGCUUACUACCGCGGGGCAGUGGGGGCGCUCUUGGUCUAUGACAUCGCCAAACACCUGACGUAUGAGAAUGCUGAGCGCUGGCUGAAGGAGCUGCAGGACCACGCCGACUCCAACAUCGUCAUCAUGCUAGUGGGCAACAAGAGCGACCUGCGCCACCUACGGGCCGUACCCACCGACCAGGCCAAGGCCUUUUCAGAGAAGAAUGGCUUGUCGUUCCUGGAGACGUCUGCUCUAGACUCGUCCAACGUGGAGCUGGCUUUUCAGACUGUCCUCACAGCAAUCUUCCGCAUCGUGUCCCAGAGGCAGAUGUCCGGACGCAACGACUCAGACUUUGCGCCAACCUCCAAUGUGGUGCCCAUCUCCGUCGAGCCCACCCAGAGCGCGAGCAAGAGCUCCUGCUGCCAGCAACACUGACCUCUGACCGCUAGCACCACCGACAACAAGCACCACCGACAACAAGCUCCACCGACAACAAGCUCCACCGACAACAAGCUCCACCGACAACAAGCUCCACCGACAACAAGCUCCACCGACAACAAGCACCGCCGACAACAAGCACCGCCGACAACAAGCUCCACCGACAACAAGCUCCACCGACAACAAGCUCCACCGACAACAAGCUCCACCGACAACAAGCUCCACCGACAACAAGCUCCACCGACAACAAGCUCCACCGACAACAAGCUCCACCAGCAACCAGCUCCAUCCGCAAGCAGUUCCACCGACAAACAGUCUCACUGACCACAUAGAGUGCAGGCAAGAGCUCCUGCUGCCAGCAACACUGACCGCCAACCCCAUGACAACCAGCCCCACAACAACCUUCCCCAAGAAUAACCACCCCAAUUGACCAC